AGUCAAAACUCAGAAUGUUAAAAUCAAAACCAAGGCAAAACUUCACAAGAAAAGAGACAAAAUCAUUUAUACCCCGCGAAUGGGUAUUAUACUACUACGCGCAAGUGUUGCGUGUCCUAUGUCAUAAACCCUGGCAUGCCUCUCUCAUAAGUAUCUACUUUUGGUCAUCGCGCCGGCUGCUACUUCGUUUCUUUCGAGUAUGUGAUCACAUAAGUUCAGUUGUCCUACUAGUCGUCUCGUCCUUUGUGCGCGAGAAAUCAUUGGAAUUUCGGGUUAUUGGAAUUAGUUACAUCGAAAAGCGUAAGACAUAGAUCUGGCGUCCACAUAUCGGCUCUAUCUCGAGCGCUAAUAUAAAUAGAAUAUUUAUACUUUGUGAAUUGUCAACUCAGGUGAGAGAAUGUCACUUUCUCUUCAUCGCAUGUUGUGGUGUCGCCAACAACAAACAUGAUCAAGGUUACGUCGAUCCUACGAUCUUCUGGAUUUGAUUUCUUGAUAGGCAGUGACAGACUUAUGAGUAAAAUAAAGAAGUAUUUCCACGUUGCCACGUGGUGUGCUUCACACAUAACUAAUGGAUCGCAAAAGGAGGCUGAUUCCGAAUAUGAAAAUGAUCAUAUUGGACGUUGUAUUUGUCUCGCUUUUAAUGAUUGACUACAGUAGGAUUCUCGACCAUCCGCGUGGUUGGGUCUGAACAAUAACUACAUCAUCGUACGAACGCGCUUCUUGUUUUGAGGUCUACUUGGGUAGAUGUAGUUGUAGGUUGGACCUUCACAACCAAAUCCAGAAGACUGUCCUAUGUAUAAAUGUUUCUCGAUUUGAGUGAAUUGCUGUGUAAAUAUCUGCCGCUCGAUUCCACUUCUUUCUUUCAACGGCUAUUAGCAAUCAGCACAUGUUGACUACUCGUUGGCCUCGUUCCACCCGCCCAGGUGUGUGUGUCAUUCUCGUUGGAUUUUCGACAAGACACAAGCAGCGGGGUUUCCUCUCACAAUAUUAUAGCUAGCCGCUAGAUAUCGGGAAAGCCUUGCUCUUCUUUGCCAUGCAUGAUACUAGGUAGUCGUAGUCCUUCGCUGGCAGGCUGCGUGUAUUCAGCGGAGGGCACAGGUUAACCCUGCGGGAAGUAGAUCGAUUCCUGUCGUAUCCUACAACUAGUCGCCAUUUAAUGAACACAAAAUCUAUUCGACAGUCGUUUGUAUCCAUCUUGCGUUGAGCUGUCGCACCUAGCGUCCAGGCUGAAGCCGCCUACUUGUGCUCUAUCUGCCGCCGGUUUGCGAAUUGAAUAAAACUACGGCUACUCUUCUAGCAGCACUAGAAUACAAAAAAUAUGCGAGACAGGAUGAAAUCUGCAAUCUGACAUGCAUCAACGAAGGGCCUAUUACUAGAUCUUCGUUGACGUCGUGUCUUGAUCUCGACAAUUUCAUGACCACUGGUUCGUAAUGAUAUUAUAUUCCAUUCAUGAUCUCAUUGUGGCAUUGCUGCGUCUACCGAUGGGCCUGAUGGAGAGAGUUGUUAUUUGAGUUGGCCUCUAUUUGCUCUACGCCCGCAAACAUCUCCAGCGGAAACCAGUCGACUGGUGCUGCAAGGGUAUGAAUUCUGUGCAUGUUCAUCUUGCUCGUAGAAAAAGAAGUCAGCACGAUUCAUGUUGCUCGUCGAUAACUAUAAUAUCGAUAUUAGUUAGUACAUAAUAACUAAUUCACUAACUAACUAGGUGGGGACGAGGUAUAUCUUGGUAUUGGUUAAAAUUCUUUAGAGAGACUGAAAAGAAUUAAAAUAGUUGAAGUUGUACCUGUAUCGUAUUAUACAACAACAACAACGAAGCUAGCUGGCGAAAGUUUCGAAUAAAGUAUGUCUUGAAGGAUUCAGAAGUGUCUGCAGCCAGGUGAUGUUGUCAGAAGUCGACGCAGUCGAGAUUACGGGCAUCGUUUAAUGUCAUUCAUACGUAUUCUGCAUAUCUAUGAGGCCCUUCAGAGGACCUGUACCUGUAGUCUUCGGGCAUCGAAACGACAUCAACAAGGAAUGGUACACACGCUCACUUCAAAGACAAUACCAAGUCGCCAUAAUAAUUCCAAGAGCCUCAUGAACAACUUGCGCAGUGAGUGUGUAGCAACUUGCGGCAACGUGAACCACCUUUGAUAGAUUAUGAUGGAAAUAAAAAGUAAUAGAAGCGACGAGUGGACGAGCAGCGGCAGUUAUGUUCAACCUUUGAAAUUGUA